AUGGCGUCGCUCCUGCUCACGCUCCGGCCGUUCCUAGGCGCCGCCGCCACCGUCGCAGCCGGCACGGCCGUCGGGCUCCUGACAGCGUCCGGGUCGGUGGCGCUGGUGGGGUGGCUCGCGCCGGUGCUGUUCGCGCACUCGGACAUCGCCUGCAGGAUGAGCCUCGUCGUCGCCGUCGUUGAGGAGGAGGAGGGGUACGCGGGCCGCGCGGCGGUGCACAGGGCCGAGGCGCUCGUCGCUGGGCGCAGGGCGCACGGCGUCGCCGUUGGUCUAGUGGCCGCCGAAAUCGAACAGGUGCCGGCGUGGCUCUGCGGUGACGGCGCGCCGGCGCUGGUGCUCGGGCCGGCGGUUCUCGCGGCCAAGAUUGCCGCGUGCUGCGCCUGCGCGGCGUUCUACUACGAUUGCCGGAGGUGGCAUGACAGGGUCAGUGAUGGUGGUGGUACACUGAAGCUUCAAGGGAUGUCGAAAUGUUGUGAGAUUGAUGAUGCUUGGGACAUGGCAGAUGAAUAUGAGGCCGAAGAAUUUUGGAGCGCCUCAGACUGA